AUGCCGCCUUGUGGAAAGCAUGAGAAUGGUAGUGUUCGUACCUCAACUUCAAAACCCAAAAAGCUCGGAAGUAAAAAGAAGUACUCAGAGUUUGAAGAGAUUGCCUACAAAACUAUACAAGCGUAAGUGUGCUCUAGACAUAGGUCUAGGUUAACCUUACUCUACCCUCUCUCCUUGCCUUGCCUUGCCUUAUUCUACUCUACUAUACCUUACUGUACCUUACCGUACCCUACUUUAGCCUUCCGUACCCUAACAUAUUAUACAUUAUCCUAUCAUAGUAUUCCUUUCUAUACUUCAUCUUAUUAGACCCAUAUAUCAUAUCACAUCUUAUCUUACUAUACUCUGCUUUACUAUGCCCUACCUUAUAACAUACUUUUUUCUACUGUACAAUACCUUUUAUCCUACUGAUUUUGCUACGCUUUUAUAUACAGUAACUUUAAAUUUUCAGUCUAAACCCAAACCGUAAAAUCCAUCGUCGUGAAAUAAAAAUCGACCAAGUAAAAGAAGUUGUACGUCGAAUUUACUACGGUGAACCUUUGUGUCCAUUAGAGAGAGCAUUGCCAAGUCCAGGUAGUGUCUCUUCAGCUGCCUCUACCUCAAGUUCGUCUAUUACGAACCAUGAAAACUUGAGUGACCGAUCAUCGACCAGUUCCAAAAAACCUGGUCGAAAAGUGUCACAAGGUGACAUCGUGGAGCUUGACGGUAAGUUUUUUGUUAUUAUUGACAAUAGGCGGGUAUUUUAUUUAUAAAGGAGGAGGGAGGGGCAAAACAUUUUGUUAUAAUAUAACAUUAAGGGCGCGAGGAGGGGGGGGCUGGGAGAGGGCUGAGAGAGGGCUGGGGAACAGACUUAUUUGAAAAACCUAACAUUAAAUAUAUCAUUAUAAAUUUAAGUUAUCAAAAUUUAAGUUUGAAUUUUCAGAAACUGCCAAAAAAGUGACAGAACUCAUAUCUAAAUCACUUGCCAAACCCAAUGCACUCUUAUCAUUUCAAUUCGUUAAAACCGAAUGUCAAAGGAUGUUUUCCGCUUCAAAACAGACAAAUGUAAGUUUACAUUGAUCUAAAAAUGAUUUUUUAAACUUUUUUAUAAAUAUUUAUUUUUAAAAAAAAAUUUUUAAAUUAAAAUUUUAAUUUUUUUAAAAUCGUAGUGUUUAAAAAAACCUUGUAUUUGACUUACCCUACUCUACCCUACCAUGCCAUACCUUUACAGGCCCAAGCGUGACCUUCUUUAUGCUAUUAUAGAGUCAAAAAAGUCUUGUCGCCCAUUUACAUAGAUUUCCCGGUACGAAAACGACAAGACUUUUUUGACAGUAUAAAGACUAAUUUUGAAUAUAUUUUUAUAUAUUUAAUUAGCGAAAUUUGUCAAUUCGUAUUUUACAAACUUUUUCAGAAUGAAAUCUUGGGUUUUGUAUCAAAAGCAGUUUUGAAAAAUGACAUUGACUCGAACAUGACUCCAGAAAAGAACAUUCAACGUGCCGAACUUUAUGCCAUAUUGGAAUUGUAUAAGAUCGAGUUGGACAGAGAACAAGGGGAUGUUAAUAAGGUACGUUUUUUCGUACUCGAUCUACUCUACCCUACCCAACCCUACCCUACUCUACCCUACCCUACUCUACCCUACCCUACCAUACCCUACCCUACCCUACCCUACCCUACCCUACCCUACCCUACCCUACCCUACCCUACCCUACCCUACCCUACCCUACCCUACCCUACCUUACCCUACCCUACCCUAAAUUUAAAUAGUUUUUCUGAUACCUGAUCUUAUUUUAGGUCAUUGCCAAACUUCGCUAUUUGAACGUGUUGACAAGUGGCAAACUCUUCAAUGUCUUCGUAUCAGAUGUUCUACAUAAAACGUAAGUCUUAAAUCUAAAGUAAAAUUUUGGAAUUUAAGGUUUACUUAUCAUAAUAUAGAGCUUUUAACACUACUUAUAAAAACAAAGUCUUUUACUAAGCUUUAAAAUGACUACCUACUACAACAUAAGCCUUAAAGUCAUAUAGCUACUAUAAUGUUGUUUUUUUACUAUAGCAAACUUAAGGCAUACUAUGAUAUAGGUAUAAAUGUAACUAAGACUAUACUAUAGAUUUAAAAAGCCUAAACCAACUUUAUAUUGUCUUAUGUUCUUCCCAACUCAACUUAUUUUAAAGCAAAUAAGUAGCAAAGAAGGAAAAAGACGAAACGUUUUAGUUUACUACUAAAACAUGUUGAUAACAGUCGACCAGGGAAAGAAUAUUUAGUUUUUGGUUCCUAUUUUUGUUUACAAAAUCUGUCUGAAAACAAAAUUGAACAUUCGGUUCAUAGUAAAAAUUGAAUCUAAUUAUCAAUUCUCCUUACCCUACAUUACGCUACUUUACUCUACCAUAUCCUAUCUGACCCUACUCUACCCUGCCCUAAUUUAUUGUACCUUACCCUACUCUACUCUGCCCUACCAUACUCUACUUUAUUGUACCCUACCCUAAAUUAUGAUACUUUAUCUUAUCCUACUCUAGCCUGUCUUACCCUACCUUAGCACUACCUUACGCUAAUUUACUUUACCCUGCACUAUUAAACUCAUUGUUAUCAUGUAUACCAAAAGAAACACAAUCCAUUUUUCCACCGCAUCCAAAUGUCGUACUCUCUCGUUUUCGAAUUAAACUAAUUUUAGGCCCUAAGGCUGUUUUGUCGCUAGAUCUUUUUUGCUUUACACACUUAUGGAUUAGGGCUUUUUUCAUAUUUUAGGUAUAUUACGAGUAAUAAAGUCCUAGUUUUUUGAGUUUCAAAGAAAGCUCUUGCCAUUUUAUGUUUUGUAAAGAAAGUUCUUGCCAUGUCAAUCGCAAAAAGCACAUUUUGCGUUGUGCAGCCUGCGGGUGACAAGUUAUACGAUGGAUGCCAUUUUCACUGUUUUAAACAAAGUUCUUGCUAACUUAUGCCUUUUAAAGAAAGUUCUUACCAUUUUACAUUUUUUAAAAAAAGUUCUUGCCAAUUUAUGUUUUUCAAAAAAAGUGCUUGCCAUUCUGAUUAAAAAAAACAAUUUACUGCCAUUUUUCAUGUCAUGCUAAUUUUAAAAAUGGCAUUUUGUUUAAGCAAAACUAUUGACCUUCACUUAGCCCUCUACCUAUCUCUGAUCUCUCAAUCCUAUCUACCUAUCUCUCAUCUCUCAGUCUGUCCAAUAAACCUUGUCAAUGUUACAUUCCGCGUUACACUGACGUAUUUUAUAGAGGAACGACCUCCAUUCCCUUUCUCUCGAACACACAAAAUGGUGGUUUGCGUGCAGUCUUCGGCUCUAUUUUCGCGUCGAAUACGUCUCUUUCUCGUUCGGGCCCCACCCCUACCCAGAGUUUUUUCGCGUUUCGACGGCUGUGGCAAACCACAUACGAAACAGUUGGGGCUAGAGUUGAAGGUAGUUGACUUGAGGUCAAGGUUUGGGUCAGAAAAUUGGGGAAAAACAAGUUUUAAGAGGGAAUUUUAGGUGUUUGGGACCUUGUUUUAGGUUUUUCCAAGCCUAUAUGAGCAAAAAGCUAAAGGUUUUAAUAAUUUUUAGUCAGCAUAUUAUCAUAGGCUUCUAUUAAACACUGAUUUUUAUUAUUCUAGAUUCAAAUCUAUCUAAAAUUUAAUUUUUUUCGUCGGUUUCGCCACGAUUUUUGGGCACUUCGCCACAAUUUUUAAUUUUUUUUUGAAAUUCAAAGAAAAUUUUUAAAAUGUUUAUUGACAAAAUAUUGUAAGAGGUAUUGCUCUACCUUAUUGUAACAAUUUCUCUUAAACAUUUUGAUGUUCUACACCUUUUUCUCAAUAAAAACACCUGUUACCUAUACCUUUCCGCUCAAUACCUUGACUUUAGACCAUUUAAACCUCGAUUUUUUAAACUUUUUAAUCUAUAACAAUAUCAUUUCAGGUUUGGAAAGACUCUAGCCGCUGAAUUAACGUUGAUUCGCCAAAAGUUUGGACUGAAAAUGCCUCCAAACGAGCAGAUUACCUUCAAAAAGUCCCCAUCGCCCAAGGAGAACCUGGUCUUUUCCGAAUUAAAAUCCACAAAUUUGGAGGUAAAAGAGCAUAUUGAUGAAGAACCAACUACACAUCAGGAAGAAGAAGCAACUGCCGAAGUUCCUCAACGAAAACGAAGCCGCAAGAGUGUGUUGGAAGAGCAGAAGAGUGUUGAAGUAGAGGUGGAAGUGAAGAAGAUGAAGGUGGAAGUGGAGGAAGAGGAGAGAAUUGAGGAAGAGAAAUGUGAAAAGAGACCUAAAAAGAAAGGUGUACCAUUUAGAGUGGAUAACAAAGGAAGUAUAGGUAAGGGGUUUUUAAGAUUUUUUUGAUUUUAGGUAACAUGAUUUUGAAAAACGGGACGUUUUUUGAAGUUUAGGUAUCUAAAUCGAGGUUUUUUGAGGCGGUAUUUAUAACAUUGGCUUUUUUGAGUUUUUAUAGGUUUUAGGUAAAAAAUCUCAAAAAGAUGUUUAUUUUAGGUAACAAAUUCUAACUUUUUACCAAAAAAACCGUUUUUUCAAAAAAAACUUUUCCUAUCUAAACAUAUAACUUUAGCCUCACGUCGUCACACUCAACGUCGGCUAUGUGUGGUCAAAAACUCGACCGGCCUGAUUCAACCAACAGCACGACGUUCCUCAACCGCUUCCUUCAUUCAAAAACAACAAUCCGAGAUGGUGACAUUGAGGAAACGUUACUCAAUCGACAACUUCAAGACACCAGCACUACCAAAGCACGAACCUGAGAGGAAAAAGUUCGUGAAGAAGGUCGUGGAGAAGGUGGAAGUGAAGAAGGUCGCGAAGAAGCCGAGCAAGAAUGUAAGUUGACAUAGAGUUCACAAUUUUUAGUGCAUAAUGAUGUGAAUUUAAGAUUUUGGAUAAGAAAGCGUUGCAACGGUACAGUGACAGAAUGGCAGAGGUGUUCGAGAAGGCCAAACAUGUUCAGACUAAUGAGGUAAGUGAAGGUUUUCGUUGGAUUUUUUGUUUAAACGGCAAAAACUUUCUUUACAAAGCAUAAAAUGACAAGAACUUUCUUUACAAAUUUUUAAAUGGCAAGAACUUUCUUUACAGACCAUUAAAUGGCAAUAACUUUUUUUACAAAUCAUAAAAUGGCAAGAACUUUGUUUACAAACUAUAAAUUUUAAUCUUGUGUCGUCUCCCACUGUUUCUAAAUCAAAAUCUAUAACUAUAUCCUCUUCCAGGUAUUCUACGGCCGCUGCAACAUUCGCCAAGGCCUUUUCGAGAACACAGAAGCCGAAGACGUUACAGCAAAGCAAAAGAACCGGUCCGGCCGCUCGACCAAAGCCAAUGUCUCCGACUGCCUCUACUUUGCCCACACUCUUCUCAACGUUCACAACACGGAUCCACUGGCUUCAAGGCUACCGAAAGCCAUCCGAUGCCCGUCCGAUCCGAAAAUCACAAAAAUCAAGAAACUGGUCCGACAUGCGAGCCGAUCACGGGUCAUACGGUAUAACAAAUACCUACAACGAUGCAAACUGCGACAAUUGAAAGCCGAGGCUAAAGCUGCUCUUGCCUAA